CCCCGAAUCAAUUUUUCAACAUUGUCCCUCUGAAUUCAAAAUCCCAAUUUUUCAACAUUUUUCAACCUGGAAGUCUUACCGGAGUGCCAUAUUGCCAGUGACUCGCUUAGGUUUAAGCUUUUGAACCGCUUCAACUUUCCCGCACAAAACCUCAAUUAUACCUGAUUCACUUUGAAAAUCUCAAAUUCAAAAUUUGAACUGAUUUUAUCUUCUUUUUAUUCUCUCUCCGUUCUCUCUCCGGAUCUGUAGAGAAAUCUAAGAAACCCUAGAAAUAAUAUUGUUUUAGUUUGAGGUUUAAUGGACAAUCGAGACCGUGAGGAUCUGUGUAAUAGUGCACCGGAUGAAGAAACAAUAGCUCGAGACAAGAAGAGGUUAAGAAGAGUAAGCUUUGCUGAACUAACUGAAGUUUUUCACUUCGAUAAAGAUGAUGAUUCUGAUCAAGCAAGUACAGAUCCAAAACCUAGCCCCCAAAAUUCCGAAUUAAAAGUGGGUUUAGGGUUUCUUAAAAACUUCGAUGAUAGCGAUGACUCUAAGGAGUUGUCUCGAGACGAAGAUGAAUACGAUGAAGAAGAUGAUGAACAGAAAGGGUUUUUGCAGCGUAUGGAUUCUUCUUCCCCUGGAAGUGGUUUUGGCUCUGCUACAUCUAAUGACGAUGAUGAUUUUUUUGGGGCUGUUUCAUCGAGCUUUAUUAGAUCUGGACUAUCAGAUUCUGCAGUGUCAAAUGAUGAUGAUGAACUUACAUUAGAUGCAAGAACAUUUACGGAGCAAUUUCGGCAUCUUUUGCCGCCAAAUUCAGAAGGGAAUUACAAGACACCAACAAGAACUCCUCUUACAUUUGAUGGGAAGACACCGCCGACUGGAAGUACGAUCGGAACUAACCCUGAGAGUUUUAUGGCACUCACUGGACUUGAUAAACUGAGUCCUGCUGCUUCUGUUUCUGGUGGUAAAUCUAGUGGUAGUGGUGGUGACAUGAGUUUGGUAGAAGAAAAUCCUUGUAUGUAUGACUACGGGAGAUUAUCUCCUACUUUAGAAGCUAAUAUAGCUGAAGGCAGCGGGAUGGUGAAUGAUAUGUUUAUUUCGUACCAGGUCAAUAUCUCAAAGCCAUCCAAUUUCGUAAGUGUAGAUAAUGAAUUGAAAACAUCUGAUGAACUUGACAGUUGGUUAAUGCUAAAAGAUACGGAAGCCAUGGAGCCGGAGAACUCUGAUAUUCAUCACCCUCCCUCUAAGUUGGUCUCUGAAGUGAACGAUAGACCAUCUGAAGAGAAAGGUGGAGCUACGAGCGUCAUUGGCCAUAUCAGCACUGGAACAGCACACAAUAUCCUAGCUAUUGCAUCUGGCAAUGCUCACCAUAGUCACGAGCCAACCUCUGCAAUCGUAAGACAGAAUAUGCCCUCUGCCACGGGUACAGACUGCGCAACAAAUGUACUAAAAGUUGUUGGUGGAUCCAACUCGGAGUUUGAUCGUUGUAGUCAUCACCCCUUGACUCCUCUGAGUGAAAAGACUCGGAUGGAUAGGACAGUACCAGAUGAUCAUGGGGAUGUAGGUCAUGUUGAGCACAGAACGACUGAAGAUUCUUUCAAUAAUGCAAGAUAUACUCCUGAAAGUGGUUUCAAGACCAAUCAAUCUUCAAACCUAGAAGAAUCUAUAUCUUCAUUAUCUGCCAAGCGAAGACAAAUAUUUCCCCAGACCAAUGUUAUAUCAAAGAGUCACGAGCCGACCUCAGCAACGAAUUUGCUCUCUGCCAUGGACGCAGUCUCUGCGAGAGAUGCACAAAAAGUUGUUGGUGGAUCUGUUUUUGAGUUUGGUGGUGGUAGUCCUCAUCCCUUGACGUCUCAGAUUGAAAGAAAUAAGAUAGAUAUGGCAAUGCAAAGCGAUCGUGGGGAUGUAGGUCCUGUUGAGCACAGAAUGACUGAAAACUCUUCCAAUAAUGCAAAAUAUACUCCUGAAAGUGGGUCCAAGACUAAUCAAUCUUCAAAACUAGAAGAGUCUAUAUCUUCAUUAAACGCCAAGCUGGGAGAAGUAUUUCCUGCUACCAAUGUUUUAUCCAAGAGUGGACCUUCACUAUAUCUUGUUGAGGACAGAAUGAAUGAAGAUUCUUUUGGUGGUGCAAGAUGUACUCCUGAUAUUUGUACCAAGACUAAUCAAUCCUCAAAAUCUUCACAAGAAGGGUCUAUAUCUUUAUUGAGUGCUGAGCGACGACAUAUAUUUCUGCCAACCAUUGUAUUAUCUAGGGGUGAAUCAAUAGUUACUCCAAGUUCUGGAGUGCAACCUAGAUCCCCUUCAAACGAUGGAAAUGUUAGAGAUAGUGCGAGAAUUUCGUCUAGGGAUUUUAACUCUUUAAACUUAAAGACUCAAAGGGCUUUGCUCGCUGAUUUGGAAGUAGACAGCAGUUCAGAUCCAGUUAUUGAGACCACUGAGGAUGAUAAAAGCAAAGCCCCUUGCAUGAUGCAUUCAAGGGAGAAUCUGUCAAGUGUUCCUCAAGAGGACAAAGAAGUUAGAGCUACUACUGGAAUGGGGAUUAAUGUGGUGGGGACUCCAGGGACCAUCAGAAAUUUGGGAGAGAAAGAAGACAUUGUGGGGAUGGUGCAAAAUGGAGUUCUCAGGGACCAGAUAUCAACAGGUAUCUCCUCCAACGAUGUACAGAGCAAACUAACAGCGGCAGCUGUGAUGGACCCUCAGACCUGUACACUUAGCAAGGACGAGCUAAACCGUAAUUCCAGUUUUGAUAAACCUAGUACGGAUGAUUUAACUGAUUUUGUAUCUGAGUCGUCGUCACAAAGGAUCAGAUUUGAAGUUAAGGACAAAAAUCAUGAAUCUGAACAAUUGAAUAGUUCACCACUGAAACUGUUGAACCAGAAGUUAUCUGCAUCACCUGAAAAGAACUUCAUAUCUAUGGUCUGGAAGCAGCAAGCACAACAUGAACAGCUUCCAGAUUUAGCAGAUCAGGGUGCAGUUCUUGCGAAUAUGAGUCAUUUGAGUCCACAAUUGGCAGUAGAACCUGUAAAAGGGGGUUCUUUGCUCAAUGUAAAUUUUACGUGUGAUCCAGCACUAGAGCAACACGAUGACAACUUAAGCUUCAUCAUCAAUGAUAAUGAGACUCACACCUUGAGCAAAUCAAAAUUGGUAAGUUGUGCAGGCUUGCUUCGUCACAGUAUGCAAAAGGAAACUGAAACUGUAACAUCCCUUGUGACACCCUUGAGGUAUAUUAGUACCCUGAAUCCGCAGCCUGGAAGCCCUGAGAGUAACUUCCGUUUUAGGACAGAGCCAGACAGGUUGAAAGAGAAGGUUCCUGAAAAGAUUUCUUCAUAUGUCCCUGCUUCUACAUGUGUACGUAAAAGGACUGCAACUCCAACCAGACUUGAUAAGAGAUUAAUGGAAUGGUUACCUCAAUGUCAGUCUACAAAAGAAACCAACAUAUCUUCAGAAAACGUUGGGGGGCGAAAAGAUCCAGGUUCUCCGAAAUCACUUUCUAUACAAGAUGCUGAGCAUUCUGGACAAAAGCGAAGAAUUGAACAAACUAAUUUUGUGGAUAAUGGUAACGUUGAACCGGUCAGGAUCCAGAAAAGUCCUAAAGUUGCUCCGGAGUUGGAGGGUAUGAUGUUUUGUGCUAAACGUUGUAUCGAAAAUAACAAUGAAGCAGAAAGGGAUGGAGAUAAUGCCUUGCCAAGAGAUUGGGAUUAUAUUUUUUCAAACUUUUCUGAGGCUAUGAAACAACAGUUGCUGCCGCUGGCUGAUAACCUUACUCUGAAAGAGGUUUGUAUUCUGGAAGAUGUAGUGGGGCGACUAGAAAAGGCUAACAAGUACAAGGUUCUUUGCAAUGAGAUCAAGUCCCAGAAAAUACAUAAUCUUGAUAUUAAUUUUCAGCAGAAAAGAGUAGCCGAAGCAAGGUACUUGCAACAGAUGCUUGUGUAUAAACAGGCUAAAUUGCAGUUAUUGCAUCUGAGACAGGACAGAUCGCACAAAAAAUUUCAGUCGUUGCAUUCUGCUAUCAAGGAAACUCAAAUUUUGUCGAAAUUAUUCUCCAAUCCCAGCAAACGAGAUGCAGGAGGUGUUCCGCAUGACGAGAGUCAUAAACCAUCUUUUUAUGAUGAUCAGAACAGGAAAAGCAGGGAUGAACAUGAUGAAGUGACUGCCAAGAGGCAAGAGCUUGGGGCUUUAAAUAAAAAAGUAACGGACUUAACUCAGGCACUCAUUUCCUCCUGUAAGAUCAAACUGGAACCGAGCUCCAAUGAUGUAGUUGAAUUGGUGAAUGAUCAUUUAAAGAGAAAAACAGCUAGCAGAUUUGUUCGCCAGGACUUACAGCUCUGGGAAGUGGUUGGUCUUGAGAGAAAGACUUCUCAGUAUGACCUUCUGCUCAACUACCGUGAUUUCCUCCAUCAAAGGUUUAGCAUUAAUGUUGGUCCAUCAUCAAGUAUAGUAGCAACAAUCAAAUUGAUUGACGUGAAUAUUAUGAAGAGUUUCACGAAUAUAAACGCUUGUGUAGCCUUCACUUUUGUAUUCAAUGCUAUGAGAUCUCGGAAUCUUCGUAGUGGAAAAAACCUGGCAUUUGAAACACAAUUGACUAGUCUCCUUCUGAGCAAUCUGCUAGAUGUGGUCGAGGAGGCAUACAUGAUACAUAUAGAGCUUAAUAAUCUGAUUAAAACAAGUUUCCAUUCGCCCACAGUUGACCAACUCGAUUUGCAACUUCAAUUUAUUGAUUUCAAGACUGGAUGUAAAGUGACUCUGACUCUUGAUAUGACUUCUCUGCAAAGAGGUGUCUAUCCCUCGGAGAUUCUUCCUUCACAAUUUCAGACAAAUUCACCAGUGUCACAACUUCCCUCAGCUGAAAUUCUAUCUGAAGUUGGGGCUCUUCAAGCUGGUCAUUCGAGGAUUACUCGCCUCUGUAGAUGUGUUUCCCAUGUACUAAAAGCACGUAACAUCUAGAAGACUUUACAACUAGCAACCACUUGUUGAACGUGUAACCAUCCAUUGCCUCAGUUUUACUCUUUGUAAAUUGUAAGUAUGUAUUUUGUCAUUUAGCUUUAUUAUCCAAAUGUCUGCAUUUGUAGUGCCCCUCUCACCUGUAUGCACAAUGUGACCGGUAUUUCCCCUCUCAAAACUUGUUACUAACUGUACAUGACUAUUUACUUAUUCGUAGAUAUCACUUUUACGUAACGGUCAAUUUUUCCUCA